AUGGACCACCGCACUAACGAAGACAAGCGCAUCGAGCGGCUGAACAAAAAGCUCAAGCCUUUCUUUGACGAGAAGCUCAAGCACAAGCAGAGACUCGCCAAUUUCUUGACGUUUUUGGACGCCACGGACGACACCGACCAAACAAAAUAUUUCCAGGAGCAUGGCCAGAAGAUCUGGGAAGUUUCGCGGGAAACUUUUUGGUAUCAUGCCGAAAAAAUCAAAAACAAAGAGAAGCCGGAUAAGCAGUCCAAGACGCUUCUCAAGGACCUGGGCGAGCUUCUAAAGCCCAUUACGGUUGCAAGCAAGCUCUUUUUCUUCUCGCCAAGUACCUUUGCGUCUGGGUGGCAGGGUGAUCAAAUCAUGGCCGUUCUCGAGGCUCUUGCCGUCAGCGACAACCAUUGCCGUCUCAGAAUCGAGGGCUUCAAGCUUCUGCUGCUAUAUUUGAAUGCGCUUCAGAUAGAAGCGGAGCGGCCCAUCUCUCUCUAUCGAAGAUAUAUCACUUUCCAUGUUUUCGUCGUUCCCCCUGCCGUCGUCUUCGGGGAAGUUGCCGACCAGCCGUCACGACAGCUUGGGUCGGGCCAGCACUAUUCAGUCUCAGGGGCGACUCCGCCGCCGAUCGUUCAAAACUCUGCACCUAUGAAUGCAAGAGACUCGUUGGACCUGCUUGAGGAAAUAUUCAGCAACAUGGUUGGUCUGUCCGUUCUGGCGAGUCCGGACGGUGAUGGACAGGAUGACGAUGGCCAGGGACUCGGAACUCUUCGCUUCAUGUGGAAGAUAUUUUCAAGAUACUAUCUCUCGGUGCUGUUUCCAUUGGAGGCAGUAGACAAGGAAAGACAAAGUGGGACCGCUGAGGCACAGUCCGGAGUAGCCUUCAUCACAUGCCCGCCUCAGAUCCUGUUGGCGUUGAUCAACUUUUUGAUCAAGUACGGACUUGACUCGCUCCAAACCACCGCCAAGAUAUCGGGCGACGCGUUGGGCGGACAGCCAACGCCGCAGCAAGCUACCAAUAUGGCGGUCAUUGGAGGCAGCGCCACCAGCAAGCUCACGAACGGCAAUCUUCUGCAUCACCUGUUGUUCGGCUGUGAAGAAAAUCGCGAGAUGAUCCACGAAUGGAUUCGCCAAUGCUUCUUGGUUCCGUUUUUCUGGUCCGACAUUAUCCGUGGCGGAAUGUUUGUCCUCAAGUCCCUACUCUUUUGUCCGAGUGAUGAGCGUCCUCAGUUUCUCCAACAUAUCGUCAACCCAAUCGAAGAUUCGGGAUUGAGACCACCUGCAUCGGCGCAGGUGUACAUCCAAAGAUAUAUCAAAGUCGAUACACCAAUUGGCUUCUGGAGCUCUCUAAAGAAUCAACUCGAAAGGAGUACUCGAUGGAUACAGACUAUUAACCAAUGGGGGAAAAUCAUGUCAAAGCUGACCAAGAUCGUAUCACACAUGACGUACAAUGUAAACUUGGAUGGGUCCACGAAGGAGGACAGCGAGGGAGGUCGCCUCAAGCACCGAUCUCACCUCGGUAAGGGCCGAGCCCGCACGAUCAACUCUGGAAGCCCAUCGAGCGCCAUUAUGAUCGAUGGGCCUGUACCUGGAGCCGGAGGCGGAGGAGGUGCCGCCGAUUUGGUCAAUAUCCCUGUUGAGGAUAUCAAGGCAAAGUAUGGGGUCCAAAUCACGACACUCAGGACUCCAGAGAUGUCCGCAGAUGAGUUGAGGAUGAAGGACUCUCCUCCAGACUCUCCAAACGCUCAUGCAAAGGCUGGGUGGCACGAUUCGCCAUCUUCUUCCGUUGGGCUUAUUCGAGAUAACAUCUUCAAGGAUAUCAAGACAACCUCCAUCCACUCAAUAAUGUCGCUGAAUGAACUAAUGAUUGAAAUCACUGUGUUAUAUCUUGAGCAGAACCCAUCGUUUCACUCCGAGGCUGUCAAUUGGGUUGUCAUUAUAUGGGAAACACUCUUGAAGCCAUUCAACCCAAAGUACUACUCAUACUUUUACCAUCUGAUCACCAAGGGUUUGGCAGGAACGGACACCAAAGUCAUCUAUGCAAUUAUAUCGAACUGCACAAAUUUGUUUACUCUCUGUUUGCCGGGGAGCCAUGUUCUCAUUCCUCACUUUUUGAGCUGCAUCCGCCGCCUGCUGCUUCCUCUCUCUAUCGGCGUCAUUCCAGUCUUCCGAGACCACGGAGUCGUGCCAGAAAAUGUCCGUCAGAGCGCUAUCACCAUAAUAUCGUCUCUGCUUUGUUAUGGCUCGUUCUUUUCCGAACAUGAACUGACUGGAAAGUCGCCGUCAACAACGAGUAGAAGCGAGGAUGCAUCAAUUGCGAGCCGUCGGACAAGCAACCUACUCUCAAGGCUUGAGCGAAACCCGAGCACUCUGAAUGAUAGAUCCAUAUAUAAUGCCCUCAGCAGCGACCUGUACUGCUUGCUGAACGAUAUGGUUUAUUCAGACCCGAUAUUGGGCUCAAACAGCCAUUCGACCGAGUGCUACACGAUGCUUCUCAGUGCAAUCGCCGUUUUGGGAUACUGCGAAAGCUACAGAGGCUCAGAGGCCAUUCUUCCAACAAAAUGUAUACAAACACUACUUGAUCAUUUGUCGCAAAACAACACCGCGAUUGUCGAUGCUUCUGUCGAUGGGCUCUUGCUCUUCACCGACAAAAAGAUGACACGAUCGAUUCAUCCGAGCACGCUACAAGCCGUUGUUGAUGGCUUGACUAUGGCAAUCACAGAGCAUAUAUAUCUGCCACCAACAAUGAGGAGCACAAAAAUCGAAAACCUGACGCGGCUAUUCAAGUGCUUGAUCAACUGGGUUAUGGCAUACUCCGUGGAGAUCUUUUCGAAGCCGCAGCUUGCACAGCAAAUAUUUCGAGUCCUGGAUACAGCUUUAAACAUAGAUUCGCAACAAAAGCGUUCGACAUCGAGAGAUCGAUACGAUGCGCCUGCCAAUCCACCAGUCCAAGGCAUAUUGCGAGGAUCAAGUAGCGGGCAGGUCUCGGACAAAUUCGAUCCAAGUACCGCAACGAGCAAAAACGAAGACUCGGACGCCAUUGCGGCGAUCAAGGAAAUCGGAAGCAAUGCUCUCCUGCAUCUACUACAUCAUGUUGGCCACUUUUCUCCACCGUAUGGUCCUGAGAUCAUAUCCAGCCACGACGACAGCACCUUGGUCUCCGUCAACAAUUAUAGAUCCAGUCCAUCGACAUGUCCAAAAACAAGGCUUAUUUUUCGGAACGUCACCGGCAAAUACACAUGGGACAGCCAACUUUUUUAUGAGGAAGAGCCACGCAGUCGAGUGGAACACCACGAGAGCACAGCCGAGGGUAGUAGCGUCAGCAGCUCAGAGUUUCUCGGCGUCAAGAACGAGCUGCUGCUUGGCCACGACAUCAAAAUAGAGCAAACCAGGCGCGAAUUUCUCCCAGACCACGUUACAUAUUCAAGAGAUACAUACACGAUGCCUGAAUGGCAUCCCUAUGGAGGAGCUGAGUCGGCGGACAUGCUAGUUGAACUGCUAAAAUACAUCGGCAACAACCAUCCGGACUGUCUCCUCGAAGGGCAGCCAUCAGAUUUGGAUACUCCGGCGAACAAUCUGAGUGCAGUGUCCGGCGACAUAGCGGAGACGUCGGCGAUGGUCAAAACCCAAGUCGAGGAAGAAGAGGACGUCCAACAGCUAUGGGAGCAAGUUCCGGUGCGGCCACCAAAGCCUGACCACAAAGGGCCAGAGACAUGCUUUCAGCAGCCCAGGCUGUUGCUGGGGCAUCUUGGACUGCUCAACUUUGACGGCCUCAAGGACGGAUUCCUCCAUAUGUUGACGAAAUGUCCGCCUUUGUACCGAGACAUCAAGGGCCUAGACAAGAAAUACGGACGUGAGGCGAUCAAGCUUGCCAUCAUAUACGUUGGACCUGGACAAGAGGACGAGCAGAGCAUAUUCCGAAACAGUCGCGGGAGCACCGAAUACGAGGAAUUUGUGUCGAGUCUUGGCUGGAAAAUCAACCUCUCUUCGCAUCCGGGCUACAUGGGGGGGUUGGAGCGAAACCAAACCACGGGAAAAGAAGCAACAUAUUAUUGCGAUUCGACCUUCGAGAUGGUCUUUCAUGACAUCACCAAGAUGCCAAACGAUCCUGAUGAUCCAAAACAAUUGAAAAAGAAACGCCACAUCGGAAACGAUCACGUCCACAUUGUUUGGAACGAGCAUUUUCGGGACUACCGCAAGGGAACGAUCGGGGGUGAUUUUGGCAACGCGCAGAUCAUUAUACGACCACUGGUGAACGGACUCUUUGCCAUCAACAUCGAGCGAGACGCCAAAGUUCCAAAGUUUGGCCCGCUCCACGAUCAAAUGGUUGUGUCCAAGCAAAUCCUGGGUCCACUCACACGGUGGACAGCGGUGCAGGCGUACAGAUCGACUAUGGGAUCAACCCAGGGUGGCAUUGUAUACCAGCACCCGUUCAACCAGCGAUUUGGUGACAUCAAGAUCAUCACUUCACGACACAAGGCCCCCAAGUGGACGUACGAGAGCCACUUGAACAGCGUGUUUAUGAACCCAAAAGGCUGCGCCGAAACAAGAUAUCAAUAAAACACAUCCGAUAUCAAUUGAAGAGCGAGAUGCCGGGGACCACGGGGUCCUGAUGGCUAGUGCGCCGCCGUGGCGGCGCACAAUAAAGAAAGAAAAAAAAAAUCCGAUAUCAAUGCCGCUAUUCACAACUUGAGCUGUGCAACUGUAUGAUCGUUUAAUGAAGACAAUCCAUUUGAAGCACGUUAUAUCGCGGAUCGUACAACAGGCAAGAUAUAGACGGACGCUAUGUCGGA